GUCUCAAGCAGCUCAUGGUAAAGGGUGGAUUCCCUGUCUGGAAAAGCCAUCGGUCGCGCAGAUUCGGCGGACGCCAGAUAAUAUAAAGCUACAGAAUCAUCUUCCAACGGCCCCAACUCCAGGCGAUGAAAGGGCUUUUCCCAACCUUGGAACAAUGACAAGGCCUACUGAGCAGCCUCCCAUCGCGCAACAUGUUAUGUUUCCCCGUCAGCCGCCAUCCACUCCCUCUCUGCGCCAGCUCAGCUCAGAAACUGUCUCUGUACGAGCGGCAAGUCCUGGCGCCAACUCGGCGCUUCAUAGUCAAAUCCGCAGUCUUCAGAGACAGCUAGAUGCCAAGACUGGAGAGAACCUAUCUAUGCGGCGUGAACUAGAAACAAAGGAGAGCAUGGAUGUUGGAACACUAAAUGAACAGUUGCGCGCGGCAAAACGGGAGUGCGCUAUGUGGAAAGCCCGCGCCGAGGCGGCAGAAAAGCGCGUGUCGGCUCUCGAACGCUUCACUCGCAAAGUGCAAGGAAUCAAGGGGGGUGACGCGCAAAACGAUACAGAUCGACCAUCACACAGCAAGAGAAACAGCACCGAAACCACGGGCACAGAGGACAGAGAGGUCGUUGCAGAGAGGAUAAGGAGGGCGAUGAAGGGUAUGGAUGGACCCAGGAGCAGCGAUGGCGGGGCUGCAGCAUGGUGGGACCCCGGCCGGACUGGACCCAUUUGGGACCAUUCAACAGGAGUUUGUGAGCAACAUAUGGUAUUGUCGGAGAGAGCAUUAUUUGAGGUUUGGGAGGCGGCACAGGCCUUGCUAGCGGAUGGCGAUAUUUGAAUAGUGACGCGAAGGAAUGAAUGUUGGGCUGGCAGAUGUCAGAGUAGGAGUGGCGCACAGCCAAGUCACGCACCCGAUCUUGUG